UUCACAUAGAUCCUUUCAAGCAUAAAUUGAUAUACUCCAGAUUUAAGACGCAUUUCAUAUUUUUGAAAAAGUUUGCGUAUCCGGACAUGGCCGAUCAACAUGAUAAUUUCAGUAAAACAGAAGAACUGUCAAGGUAUAUUUGGAAGUCAUAUCUGUGUCAUGGAAAGGCAAACUUAAUAACAAAAAUAGCUAAGAAUAUGGCAUUAGUUUACGACUGCAUUAGUACUAACAGAUUAAACUGGGACCAAUAUUCAGGUGGCAGCACAUUUGACGGGACGUCUGAUUAUGGGAAGAGCGAUGUCGAUGAUAUGAUUGUGUUUAGGGGUGUAGUUGUUAAACAUAGCGAAAGUAUCGAUUCAAAUGUAGAAAAGAAAAAGGGUUCUGAUGAGCAAGAACAUCGUGCUGUACUGGUUACCGAAUCAUCAAACUGUAGUCCUGGAUAUUAUAGGUUGAUUCCAGCAUCCGACGUUGAGACACUUGCGUUAAUGUUUGGUUGUCAGCAUGAGGAUUUAGUGGAAGAAAGAUCGGGCAAAAAUUAUUUAUCAAGCGAAAAAUUUCUUAAGUGUAUGAUGAAAAGAUUUGAGCAUACAAUACCACUGAACACAUCUUCACACACUGUGCACGGACCAUCUAUGAAAUUUGCCCACGAUAACAUAUAUGGUUAUCACAUAAAUAGACCAGACCUUCCGUUGGAUCAUGACACUGCUCACGCAAUUAUUUACGGUCAAUCGCCAGUAUGUAUGAAAGAGUGGGCCCAAAGAGAAAGAAGAUUUAACUGGCCAAGUCAAAACAUUGUAGAGAAAAUUCAAAAACUGUCUUGGCACUUCAUUCCUGUAGGUGAUAGAUCGUCCCACAAUUUCUCGCUCGAGUGGCGCUUAUCUUUUCUCCUUGGUGAGAGACAGCUUGCUUGGGAUUUUAAUGAUACACAAACACAGUGCCUUGUUAUUUUGAAGAAAUUACGAAAUACUCUCCUCGAGCCUGUUAUUCCAGACCUUAUCACCUCUUACCACUUGAAGAAUACUGUGUGUUGGUUGUCAGAGGAAACUGAUAUUGACCAAUGGGUUCCAGAAAAACUACUUACAAGAAUUGAAGAUUGUUUGACGUACCUACUUAAUGCUGUUGAAAAGGAAAAAUUGUCUCAUUAUUUUCACAGACAACGAAAUUUAUUUCAUAAUAGAUUUACUGAGAAUAAAAUGAAAAAACAAGUUAUUUCCAAACUUAAUACUAUAAGGAACAAUUUAUUACAAUGUGCAAUGACUUAUGGUCUACCAUCAGACAGCCAUUUAUAUAAGUAUUGGAAAACACAUGAAGGAAACAUAGAUGGAGUUCUAGAAUCUUCCAAACGAAACAAGGAACUCAAUGAAUUAUUUUACCUGAAGAAAAAGGUCAGUGUUCAGUCAAGAUUUAACCAAGGAAUCUCAUAUGCAUUUGCGAACAUUGCAGAUGCUUGUGAAUCUCUUCAUAAACUUUUACAUACUUCCCAAGCAAUUGAUGCGCUCUUAGAUGUCGAUACUAACUUUAAAACGAAAAUUCUAAAAUGUUUAGCUAUUCAAAUGGGUUUUAGAUAUUACGAGCAAUAUAUCAAUGAAGAAAAUAUACAAAGGAAAGAAGAAUUACUGAGAAGUACAAGAAAGCACUUUGAAGAUGGUGCAUUGAUAGAUGAUUUCACUGGAGCUCUCUAUUCUUUAUCUUUACAUUUUUGCUUAAAAGAAUACAAUACCGUCAUUAGUAAAAUAAAUGAAAUGCUGGGGCACAAGAAAUACCUUUUAUACACUGGGAAAUGUUCCCUUUUACAUGGAAUCGAAUUAGGGAUGCCCAAUGGAAACAUAUUUCAAACAUCCGAAGCUCCGGUGACCGCAGAUGAAGAUGACGAAAUCGAAAGUGCAUUUGAUUUUAUCUUUUCGCGUGACCAAAUUGCUUGCUUACCUUAUCCGUUACAAGUAGAAUGCGCCAUGGCUAUGAUUCAUGACUACGGAGAGAGAUUUAUUCUUAUUCACCCGGCCGUCUAUAUAUUCUUCUUACUGCAUAUGUCAUGUCUAAAAAUAGAAAAUUUUCUAGCAGCAGAGGAAGCAUUAAAACAUCUUGAAGAAGCAGUCAAUGAUAUUGGGGGCAAUCUGCAUAGAUAUCGAUCACUUAACAUUUUAGGAUACAGCUAUUCUGCCCACAAAAGGACAAACGAGGCUCUGGAAUGCUACAGAUUAUCUCUUUAUCAUUCAUGCAGUAAAUUACCACGUGUGAAGAAUGCUGCCAUUUAUCAUGUUGCUAUUUUAGCUUAUUAUACAUAUAAAUUUUACGAAUUCUAUUGUAUUCCAAUGAAUUCAUGAUGUAGCUUUGGUCCAUCAACCCAUGAAGAAAUCGUUGAUAGAGACUGUGGUGAGGAAGAUAUUAUCUAUAGCAGGAAUUAGGUUGGAAUUGUCAUCAUACUGAAACAAAUACGAGACAUUUGAACUUUUGCAGAAGGGAAUACGAAAUAACGGCAGGAUGGGGAAAUAUCACAUUUUAGAAAAUACAUAUACAAUGAAAAUAUCAGGAUAUUUUGAGUCCAUUCAUGAUUACUGAUGGUUGUGUUAUUCUACCUAAUUUGGCAAUGGAAUCAUAAGAAGAAGUACUAACAGAAGUCACAUUGUAAAUCUUGCCAAAGUUUUGUCAGAAGUCAGUUAAUCUGAGAAUGUUGCCAUUUAAAAUUUCCACAAAAUAUUCUUUGUGUACUAGUUUCAUGAUCGUCGCUUAUUUGUAAUACAAAUAUCAUUUUU